CCGGGCCCGGGGUGGAUUUGCCUGGGCAUAAGUCUUUUCCGGGGUUGGCUGGUUUAGUCUUUACCCUUUACCCAUGGCCCGGACACGGAAAAUUACCCGCCGGUCCGCCCCAGGGGGUGGUCGGGAUGUUUACCUGUUGCGUUGGGGUCCUAAUGGUAAGCAAAGCAUCUCAGAAUGCCAUCUCUUUGUUGCUGGCUUCCACCUUAUCUCUUCCCGGUUUUAUCGGCCACUGCUGGUGCCGUGUGGAGUAUGGGGUCGCACGUGAACCGAUACGAACCCUAAUCGGAUGGCCGGAUCAACGCCACUCAUGCCGUUCAUCGGCCAGGAAUGUUUUCUCCGAGCUGGAAAAACCUCCUUACGUAUCCUAGAUGAUGGAUGCUGCAUCCACAUUCUCCAAGUAAUUUAAAAUCAUCCUGUGAGGCUCGGGGCGUGCUUUUGAUUUGAAAGCAAAUCUGGCUA